AUGCCAAUGGUUCUACUGCAUUUUGUGAUAUAUUCGUGCUUCAUGGCAGCAAACGCUAUUGCGCCUUCCAUACGACCCCUCUUCACCUCCAAUUCAGCAUUUAGAGCCUAUGUCUCUGCCGUUUAUAUUGUCCCAUUUUACACCGUUCUCUCUCCAUUGUUAUUGUGGUGGAUUGUGAAGCAUCAUCGCAGAAUCCGUUGCAAGCAACUGAAUUACAUGUCAGUAAAAGCGAAAAAUGAACACGACAUUUAUUUCUCGAACUAUGCCUGGAAUCAUAAAUAA